AUGAAGUUCUCUAUCCUCGCUCUUGCUACCCUCGCUUCUAUGGCUCUCGGCCUCGUCGUCACCGACGACCCCGAGCAGCUGGAGUACCUCGAGACUCCCUCUACUAACCACAUCUUCCUUGCCUACGCUAAGAUCAUUCCUAGCCUGGCUGCUGCCAACAUUGUCACCAAUGCUGGAGCUCUGGCUCUGAAGAUGGGCAUGAAGAUUCCCUUCGUUAACAGCAGGGAUCUUUCUCGUCCUCCCACCCACGAGGAGCUCCUUGAGGGUCUCCGACUCGUCGUCCAGUACUCCGCCGAGUCCGGACGACCUUGGUCCAAGGCCGUUAACCCUACCCUGCCCAUGGCUGCCAUCAAGUGGGUUGUCGGCAAGUCCUCUAACAAGCCCUUCACUGCUGAGGACCUGAAGCUCGCCCGACGAACUGUCUUCAACAUGUACAUGGCCCAGACCAUUGCUAAGAAUGCCGAGACCUCCAAGAACGCCCACAUUGUUCUCCCCGAUCCCGUCAAGACCGUCACCGUCACCGUCGGCGCCGCCCCCACUAACUGA